CUAAUAACAAGAGAUCAUCAACACGGGACAUUGUAGAUGCGGGGACCCCGGACAUCCGCGUGUCACUCAGGAAGCGUGCAAGCGAUAAGAAUCCUAGCAACAACCCACUUCUGGAAAUCCCAUUGAUGAUCUUGGCCACAAGAUCUCACACCCUCCAGAAAUUAUGCAUUGUGUAUGGCGCCGGAUCAAGUCCCAAUAUCGGUUGGUCGCCGUUUGGAUUCAACGAGAUCUUGAUCACAUUUAACCCGAGCCACGCCAUGGUUGCUGCGUACUUCCUCACCACGCCUUACGAUACAAUAGGCCGAUAUCUAUCAACCCGCCAGGUGUGAAACAUGCUGGGAGUUAUUGCGACCGUACUGUUGGGCCUUCCUGCCGCCUUGGCUCAAGGAAGCACUUGCUGUCGAGCGCUUCAAGAAGCUGGUCUCGCCCACGUGUUGUACCCAAACAGCACUGAUUAUGCGGAUCGCACGGCUUCGUAUUGGUCUGUCAGUGCCCAACUUGCGCCAUCUUGCAUGGUUCAGCCAACGAGCACUUCAGAUGUUGUUCAAGUAGUCAAUACUCUGGUGAAAAGCGCGAGCUGUUCCUCAACCAAGUUUGCGGUGCGCUCUGGCGGACACACAGUAUGGGCUGGUUCAAACAAUAUCAAUGACGGUGUGACUGUCGAUCUGGGUCUGAUGAUGGAUGUCACACUAGACAAAAAUUCUUCAGUUGCUUCCAUUCAACCUGGAGCCAGGUGGAUGCACGUCUAUGGGGCUUUGGAUCCUGAAGGCUGGACGGUCCCCGGAGGGCGAGCUGGGAGUGUUGGUGUCCCUGGCUUCCUGACUGGCGGGGGUAAUUCUUUCUUCACCGCGAAGAAAGGUUUUGCAUGCGACAAUGUGAAGAACUUUGAGCUUGUUACUGCGAACGGGGAUGUCGUGAACGCGAAUGCCGACGAAAACCCCAAGCUCUGGCAAGCGCUCAAGGGUGGUUCUGGCGCCAAUUUUGGCAUCGUUACCCGCUUUGAUAUGUUCGCUUUCCCUACCGGCAACCUCUGGGGUGGUACUGCGACGUACAAUAAAUCUGCCACAGCUCAGCAGAUUGCGGCAUAUGUCAAAUGGACCGACAAUGUCGUCAACUACCCUGAUGGCAGUUCAAUCAUCUUCUGGAGUUAUUUGCCUGCACUGUCAGACAUUGUGAUACUGGCUGCUUACGAAGACACUACCGGCAACGAGGCCCCUGCCGGUUUCGACGACUUCAUGGCCAUUCCUCGCAUGGCGGAUACGCUGCGCAUUGCCAGUCACAAGGAGCUUACCGAUGAGCUUGAACAAGCCACUGGAUACCGUGACAUUUGGUUCACCAUGACUUUUGCUAAUGACGCUGAGAUCUUUACCAAGAUCGUCGAGCUGAACGAAGCCUUCGUCAACGAAUGGAAGUCGACUUCCGAUGAUCCCGACUUCAUCACCCAAUGCAUGUUCCAGUCCAUUCCUACCAUAUUCGCGAAGCACAGUGUCGAAAGAGGCGGUAACGUCAUGGGUCUUGACAAGGAAGACCGCAAUGCCAUAAUGCUUCUGUUCAACAUCGCCGUCAAGACCGCCGACCAGGAACUCAUCGCACGCCCACUGCUCCGCUCUUAUGGCGAGAAAAUGCAGCAGUUCGCGGAUAGCAAGAAAGGGCUUGUGAGCUGGCAAUUUCUGAACUAUGCCGACGCGUAUCAAGAUCCUCUGGCCAGCUAUGGCCCAGAUAACGUUGAGAAGAUCAGAGCUGUGGCUAAGAUGUUUGACCCGCAAGGUGUGUUCCAGACCAAAGCACCCGGUGGCUUCAAGAUUUCUAGGGUGGGAGCCUCAACUGGUGCGGGCGUGGCGAAAGAUGCACUUCUCGGGGGUGUGGGAGAAAAUGUCGAAGUGGUUGGAAAUCUGAGUGAGGCAUAAGCAGUCUGUCGCUUUCGGAAAAGCUCCUGGAUAUCUAGCCCUUGUAAGAUACAGUAUCAUAAUUAAAACCUAAUUCUCUUCUUCUCGGUCUGUCAACCUGUCUCGAUAAGCUGAUCAAUUUGGCUUUUGAAUACGGGUAGUAGAGAGAUACAUCUUCCUACAUGGUGAAAUUCACACGAGAUCAGCAUUUAGGGCUUUUAACCAAUGAUUUGUAGGGCUUUAUAGAGGUCAAUCGCGUGCCCAACUUUCGGGGGGCUCCAUAUAUCACGUGUAAUCGGAACAUGUGUUCUGCUUGGAGCUCAAAGGCAGAUUAUCGUGUCUUCAAUACCCAGUGUUUGUGCCGCAUGGAAACGCGAUGAAUCAUAAUUACGCGUGAUCACGUGUAAUAUUUCUUGUGUCCCUGUACAUACGAAGAUACGACCGCAGGCACAAAUCCCAGCUUCCAGUACCUGAUGUUUCUAUUUCCCAAUCAAUGUGGCGAAAACAGCGUUGGACUGUUUCAUAUAAUCCACCAUAAAUAGCUUACAGCCCUGAUAAACAAACCAUAUUCUCAGAAUCGUCAAGACGUUUCGCAAAUCCACGCGAUCAAUCGCGAAACUCCGAUCGCAAACGCGCAGUGUCGAUCCUGCGCUUAGCCCAGGCAUACAAGCGCAAUGCUUAUCUACCUU